AUGGCAGUUUCAGACUUUGUAACAGAUUACAGAGGUCUUAACCGAGUCACUGUGAAGAACAGGUACCCACUCCCGAUGAUUGAUGAGUUGUUGGAUCAGUUGAGGGGUGCUACUUGGAAGCGUUAUGUGCACUUUGAGUUUGUGGUGAUGCCUUUUGGUUUGACUAACGCGCCAGCAGCCUUCAUGAGAUUGAUGGAAGACGUGUUCAAGGAGUAUUUGGACAUGUUCUUCAUUGUCUUUAUCGAUGACAUCUUGGUAUAUUCGAGGAGUCCUAAGGAGCAUGCGACUCACUUGAGGUUGGUUCUGGAGAAGCUUCGGGAGCAAAAGUUGUUUGCUAAGUUGAGUAAGUGCAGUUUCUGGCAGAGGCAGAUGGGUUUUCUGGGUCAUAUUGUUUCUGCAGAGGGAGUCUGUGGAUCCGGUGAAGAUUGA